UCUUCGAUUUGCAGGAAGAAGAAAUGGAAGCGCUUCGUAAAAAUAUGCAAUUUGAAAUUGAUCGCCUCACUGCAGCGUUGGCUGAUGCUGAAGCUCGUAUGAAGGCCGAGAUCUCGCGCCUGAAGAAGAAAUAUCAGGCUGAAAUCGCGGAACUUGAAAUGACUGUUGACAACUUGAAUCGCGCAAAUAUUGAAGCACAGAAAACAAUCAAGAAGCAAAGUGAGCAACUCAAAGUACUGCAGGCAUCACUCGAAGACACCCAGCGCCAGUUGCAGCAAACUCUUGAUCAGUAUGCUUUGGCACAACGUAAGGUGUCCGCACUCAGCGCCGAGCUGGAGGAAUGCAAGGUUGCGCUCGAUAAUUCAAUUCGUGCACGUAAACAAGCCGAACUUGAUCUCGAAGAAGCUAAUAGUCGUAUUGCUGAUUUAGUAUCAGUGAAUAACAAUCUGACAGCAAUAAAGAAUAAACUAGAAACAGAAUUAUCAACAGCUCAAGCUGAUUUGGAUGAGGUGACCAAGGAACUGCACGCAGCCGACGAACGCGCCAACCGAGCAUUAGCCGAUGCAGCACGAGCCGUCGAACAGUUGCACGAAGAACAGGAACAUUCCAUGAAGAUUGAUGCCCUGAGAAAAUCACUGGAAGAGCAGGUGAAACAAUUGCAAGUGCAGAUCCAGGAAGCGGAAGCUGCAGCGCUGCUAGGUGGAAAACGUGUGAUUGCAAAGCUAGAAACACGUAUACGUGAUCUGGAAACAGCACUGGAUGAAGAGACACGCCGACACAAAGAGACUCAAGGUGCUCUUAGGAAAAAGGAUCGACGGAUCAAGGAGAUCCAGAUGCAGGUUGAUGAGGAGCAUAAGAUGUUCGUAAUGGCACAAGAUACCGCAGACAGGCUGCUUGAAAAGCUAAACAUUCAGAAGAGGCAGCUUGGUGAAGCUGUAAGCUUUUUUCUGUUUUUUUUU